AUGGCCCCGGCCACUCUCUUCCGCAACGGAAAGUUCCUGGCCAAAUCCGGCACGGGCCUCGAUGCUGAAGCAACCUUCGCCGAGUGCAUGCUGGUGACGGAUGGAAGGAUCACCGCCAUCGGCACCGAGAGCGCGGUGACGCCCGCGAACCGGGACGGGCUCCAGGUGCACGACCUGCGCCAGCGCACCGUCCUCCCCGGCUUCAUCGACGGGCACAUGCACCUCCUGCUCCUGGGCCAGUCCCUGCGCAAGCUGGACCUGGUCCGCUGCACGACGCUGGAGGACAUACGGUCGACCAUCAGGGCCUACGCGGAGGCGAACCCCGGGUUGCCCACGAUUCUGUGCAAGGGCUGGAUGCACUCCAUGACGCCCGGCGGGGUCACGGCGGCCCUGCUGGAUGACAUUGACCCGCGGCCCAUUUUCGUCGACGCGAGUUCCCUGCACUCGUGCUGGUGCAACUCGGCCGCCCUGGAACAGCUCGGUGUCGCGGACAUGCCCGACCCGGCGGGCGGGCGCAUCUAUCGGGACGCCGACGGGAAGCCCUCGGGUGUCUUGGACGAAGGAGCGAUGAUGUCCAUCAUCUGGCCCUUCCAGGCGUCGUCCUCGCCCAAGGAGGAGCGCAUCAAGGCGAUACUGGCGGCGAUCCAAGAGUACAACGCGGCAGGCUACACGGGGGUGGUGGAGAUGGCCAUGGACGAGGAGGCAUGGGACGCGCUGGUGACUCUCCGGGAAAGGCAGCCGGAUCUCCCCGUUCGGGUUGCCGCGCACUGGCUGAUCAAGCCGACCACGGACUCGGAGGCCAACUCGGCCCAGGUCCGGAGAGCCGUCGAGCUGAGCCGGAAGUACAACGCCAGCACGAGCCCGGAUCUCCGUAUCGUCGGCGUCAAAGUCAUCUGCGACGGCAUCAUCGACGCCUGCACCGCAUUCCUCUCCCAGCCGUAUGCCCCCGCGGGUAGUCCACCGCCGAUCUGGGAGCCCGAGUAUUUGAACCCCGUCGUCAGGGAAGCGGACGCCGGCGGCCUCCAGGUGGCGCUCCACGCGAUCGGGGACGCCGCCAUCAAGAUGGCCAUCGACGCGAUCGAACACAACGCCACGCCCGGACGGAGGCACCGCAUCGAGCACCUGGAGCUCGCGUCGCCCCGAGACGCCCAGCGGCUGGGGGAGCUGGGGCUCACGGCGUCCGUCCAGCCCGUGCACGCCGACCCGGCCAUCCUGACGGAGUGGCCUCGGCUUCUGGGAGAAGACCGCUGCCAGCGGGCCUUUGCGUACCGCGAGUUCGCCGACUCGGGCGCCCUGAUGGCCAUCGGCAGCGAUAGCCCGACGUCGCCGUGGCAGCCGCUGCGGAACCUGUACGUCGCGACCACGAGGCGCUCGGCGCGGAAUCCCAGCCACGAGGGCACCGUCAAUGAGCACUUCCGGCUAGGCCUCUGCGAGUCCGUCACGGCGGCGACCUAUGGCGCGGCUUGCAGUGUUUUCGCGGAAGGGCGAACGGGGAGCCUGGAGGUGGGAAAGCUCGCGGACUUCAUCUGCGUAGAUAUGCAGUGGGAUGCGAGUACUCUCUUGGAGGCGGGGGUCAAGGAGACAUGGUUUGGCGGACGGAGAGUAUGGGAGAGUCGGGAAUGA